CAAAGAUCUUGGGAAACAUCGCCACCUUUUUUUUUUAAUACUGGUCGCAACAUCCCCACCGCUCCAAAAGCUCACAAAACAACUUUGAAUCAAAUCAAAAAGCAAUCAAAAGAAAACAAAACAAACAUCAUGACAACUGGAAACAAGUCUGUCCUCAUCAUUGGUGCCACUGGUGCCCUUGGUCUGCAACUGUUGCGCCACCUUGCCAAGAAUUCCAGAAUUGAAGAGGUGCACAUCAUGGCUCGCACACCCAGCAAGCUUCACUCAACCGAUCAAGCCCUUGCAGCUUCAGUGCAGAAGGGAAAUGCUCGAGAUUCCAAUGAUGUGGAAAAUUCAUUGCGUGACUCCAAGGCCAACUAUGUAAUUCUCGCAACUGGCAAUGGCCAUGAUGUUUCCAAAUCGGAUACUCGUGAGGCUACCGGUCGUGCUUUGGCUUCAGUGUUGAAGAAGUCAGAGUUCUCCACUGUCCAAGCUGUCAUCAUGAGCAGCCAUGGUGUUGCUGAAACCAAUGUGAUUAUUGGGUUUGGUCUUGGUAUGCUUCUCUCAUACUAUUUGCGCAACGUCUUUGCAGAUCAUGAGAACCAAGAAGCUGAAUUUGACAGGUUGAAGAAGCGCACUCUUGUUGUCCGUCCCAGUAGUUUGACGGAUGACAAGGCUAUUGGCAACUUGGACUAUAUUGUUGAGUUUGAUGGUAUCAAGAAAGGGCCCUCCAUCAGCAUUGAUCGUUCGGAUGUUGCUGCUUGGGUGACCAGAGAGAUUGCCAGCUCCAAGGCAUCCAUUGGUGGUCGCAAGGUGUGCUUGACUAAUGCCAAGAAGAUCCCAAAGACGUUGUAAAUUGGCUGCGGGCGAUGGACGUGUAGUGAUUUUGGAAGAUCAUAUGAUAUUCCCAGUGGUUUUCAGCAAAGAUGAAACGUAGCUUAAUUGAUUUUAAAAAUUGAAAUUAACUAG